AAUUAAGAGUUAAUACGGUCUCCCGGCUCGCUCUCAGACAGACACAUCAACUGAGCGCAUCGAGAACACUCAAAAGCGCGAACGUGUGCAAUUCUUUCUCACUAUGGAUGCGCGUGGACAUUUGUGAAGAAUUACCGGAGUUUGAGAGCUUGUAGGCGAAGACUCGUUUUCGUGGGAUUUUCCUUUGGAGUCCCACUCUUUAAACACAUUUUCAAGGGAAUUCGGUCUUCAGUGAAGGACGAAGUGCCGGUGUUUUCUCACGGCUCGGAGCAUCUUACGCAUCUUAAGGACUUUUAAGACUGAGCAUCACUUUGGGAAGACAACGGAAAAUGUUACUGUCCAAAUUUGGAUCUUUUUCCCAUAUUUGCAGCACGACUAACAUCGACCACUUACCGGUGAAAAUUCAACUUCAAGCAGCCAAGAACGAAAGGGAGCCUUUUGAGAAGGUUUAUCAUGUGGGUUCGGCCCUGGGAAGCGGCGGUUUUGGGACAGUGUACGCCGGUACUCGGAUUUCAGACGCGUUGCCGGUUGCGAUAAAACACGUCGCUAAGGAGAGAGUGACCGAAUGGGGUACACUUAAUGGGUCGCUGGUUCCACUGGAGAUUGUUCUGCUGAAGAAAGUGGGAACUACCUUUCAGGGGGUCAUUAAACUCAUAGAUUGGUAUGAGAGACCCGACGGUUGGUUGAUUAUAAUGGAGCGGCCGGAGAUGGUGAAGGAUUUAUUCGACUACAUCACCGAGAAAGGCGCGCUGGAUGAGGAUUCCGCCCGGGGAUUCUUCCGACAGGUUUUAGAGGCGGUUCAGCACUGUUACAGCUGCGGGGUCGUUCACCGGGAUAUCAAAGACGAAAACCUCCUCGUUGAUUUACGCACGGGAGAUCUGAAGCUCAUCGACUUCGGCUCCGGGGCGAUCCUCAAGGACACCGUCUACACAGACUUUGACGGCACACGAGUCUACAGUCCCCCUGAAUGGAUACGUUACCACAGGUACCAUGGGCGCUCGGCAACUGUGUGGUCUCUUGGCGUCUUGUUGUACGACAUGGUGUGUGGGGACAUCCCCUUUGAGCACGAUGAGGAAAUUCUGAGAGGACGUCUCUUUUUCAGGAGGAGAAUCUCUCCAGUGUGUCAACAGCUUAUCAAAUGGUGCCUUUGCUUGAGGCCAUCAGACAGACCCACUUUGGAGCAAAUCUUUGAGCAUCAGUGGAUGCGUAUGGAAGCAGACCCAAAAACAGAGAAUGGCGACAUAACGCUUCACACCAUCAGCACAGAAUCGAGCUCCAAUUUGAGCAAAGAAAGCCUUUGACAGCACUGGAGAACCUGAGUGAAUGGACUAUUUUGGCCCUUGUUCCCAGUCAGCUGGUUAUCGGGACUUAAAUUUAUGUUGCUAAAUGUCUUUUUCUUUUUUCUUUUCCCUUGCAGAGGGUGAGUUGUUACCCAUAGGGAUUGCACAAGCAGCAAUGCUAGUAACCCUAUCCUACUGGUUGCUCUUAUAGAGCUUGGACAUUUUUUGUUCUUUUAGACUAUCUUUUUAGUUUUCUGUGCCUUUUUUGGAAAGCUGCUUUUAUGGGAUUCGAGUCACAACACCAGGUAGAUUUUCAUGGAUUUUAGGGGAAUUCCCCUGAAAUCAUCAAAGACUGUAUCUUAUGUGGUGGAUCUCCGUUGCCCUCUAGUGGUCGAAUACUUGAAGUACACACUUACUACUCUCUUAACAGUAUCUCUCUCUGCUGCUCUGCUGAAAAUUCAUAUUCACUAUUUAAAAAACAUUUUCCUCUUAUUUUCUGAAUGUCUUCCACUACUACCAUCUCUGUUGAUGCCACUCUCUAGCCUUUGCUCUGCCAAGACUUGAGUGACAUGUACAAUCAAUGCAAUAUUCAUGGACCCAUUCUGUCUUUCCUGAUUUCGUUUUUUUUUUUUUUAUAUACAAGUAUUUGUAUUGUAUUUAUGUACAUUUUCUUCUAUGUAUAUUAUUUAUUCAUGCAAUACAAACAUUCCACAUGAAUAAAUGUGGCUAUUUAUUUAUUUAUUCAUUUUAUACCAUCUGCAAAAGGUCAAUUGAAAUUGUUAAUUGUGAGAGUUCCCCAGGCUUAUCUUUUAGUUUAACCUAAAGGAUCAUAGACAUGCUAAAGCUAUCUAAUACUUAUACAUAAUAUAAGAUUGAAAUGUUUAGUGAUGCCAUUCUGAUGUAGUGUAAAAUUUAGAAUCAGUUUAUUCUCCAUGUGAAGUGGAAGUAAAAAUGUGUUUUAGUCCUACUCUGACUUUUUUUUCUUUUCUUUUUUUUUUUUUUUUUUAACUGUUGAAACAUUUAUUUUUUAUAUUGGACACAAUAAAUUUCUUUCAUACGUAAACCUUUUGUGGUGUCUGUUUGCAUUUAUAACCCUCAGAUUUUCACGUCCAGCUGUGUUUCUUAAAUUAUUUAAUCCAAUACAAUCGUAAAACAGACUAUUUACGUAGUUUUUAUUUUUUGGGUGAACUAUCAUCUACUCAUCCUUAUGACACACCAUAUGUAUAUGACUUUCUUUCUUCUGCAGAACACAAAUUGAUUUUUAGAAGAACGUCUCAGCUCUGUAGGUCCAUACAAUGCAAGUGAAUGGUGGCCAGAACUUUGGAGCUCCAAAACGCACAUAAAGGUGGCAUGAAAGUACCCAAUAAGACUCCAGUGGUUAUAUCCAUGUCUCCAGAAGUGUUAUGAUAUUUGAGAGUGCAAAACAGAUUUUUUUUUAACUAUAAAUCUCCACUUUCGUAUUCUUUUUUUUUUUUGGCGAUUCGUAUUAACACCUACUGGGCAGGUAGGAGACCUUACUGUAAAAAGGGACUUAUAAAUUGAUCUGUUUCUCACCCACACCUAUCAUAUUUCUUCAGAAGACAUGGAUUAAACCACUGGAGUUGCAUGGAUUGCUUUCAUGCUGCAUUUGAAUGCUUUUUGGAGCUU